AUGAAGACCACUGCAAUUAUCUACGCAUUCUUGGCCAUCACGGCCAAUGCUGGUCCCCUCGGCAGGCGCCAGGCUGCUGGAGGCAACCUGCAGACCUUCACUGGCAAUGUGGGAGGAUCGACCGCCCCUGCUGUCACCAACGUAGGCGGUGACAGGGCCUUCCGGGUCGACGGCGUCGAGGACACAUUCAAAGCCGCCGCGGGCGCUCUUGACCGCUCGUGCUCCAUCCAGAAGAACGCCUGCGCCGAGGCGGCCAACUCGGGCGCUGCCGACAUUGCCGUCUCGGACUGCGACGCCCAGCGCCAGGAGUGCUCCCAGGCUGCUCAGACUGCCGCCGCGGCUUCUCAGGACGCCCAGGCCGGCGCUGGGGCCGCUGACAACAAGAACAACGAUGGUGCAGCUGCCGCUGGCGAUGCUAAUGCCGAUGUCAAUGCCGAUGGACAGGCCGCCAAGGAUGGCAAGGCACAGCAGGGAGGCCAGAACAACAACGCUGGAGCCAACCAAGACAACGAGGCUGCUAACGCUGCUGACGGCAACGCCAAGGGAAACAAUGAUCAGAACGCUGGCCAAGACAAUGCAGCAGACGGUCAAGCAGCGGCCGAGUGCAACGCAGCUGCCGGACAGGCAGCAGGACAGGCAGCAGGACAAGAGAAUGCCGCAGCUGAAGGCGCCGCAGCAGGAGCUGCCGCUGGUGGCGCGGCCGCAGGCGCAGUUGUGCUCCCCGACGGCCGUAUCAAGCAGGACGCCGUCCCGGAGGACUUCAACGUGCUCGCGAGCCCGUUCAAGUCGGCGGUGGUCAAGGGCGACGGGCUGAACUUCAGCGACGUGAUCACGUUCCCGGACAUCCAGCCGUCGCUGUUCGACGCGGCGGGCAACACCAAGGCGUUCGAGAUCAACAUCAACGACCAGUCCAUCUUCGUGCCCGAGGGCCAGGCCCCCCAGGACCAGUUCCGGCGCGCGGACCUGCUGCCCAGCAUCGCGUCGACGCUCAACAACGUCUCCACCACGGGCAAGAAGACGAUGCACUUCUCAGUCCAGCAGGACGCGGCCAAGCCGCUCGCCCUCACCACCAACGAGUACCAGGUUGCCUUCCUCGAGACGGCUGACUUCGAGAGUCGCAUCUUUGACGUCCGCGUCGGCACCGGCACCACAAGCCCCAGCCUGACGGGCGGCAACAUCGUCGUCCUGGGCCGUUCUGGAGAUGCAAUCCAGGAGAUGUUCGUCGCUCCCUUCUCGGCCGACCUGCAGAACUUCGCCGUGACCCUGGACUUUGACCAAAACACCAUGCAGGUCUUCCACAGCACCGGCCAGACCCCUCUCGCCCAGGUUUCAGAGGCCGUCGCCAACGACAACUCGGGCAACGGCGAGUACCACUUUGCGGUGCUCAAGCUGGCCGACGCGCAGGGCCAGCAGGCCGCCAACAUCGACGAGGGCCUGGCCUUCGCCGGGAUCUUCAUGGAGGACUCGGCCGACGGCACUGUCACGCUGCAGUAA